AUCCCGCCCCUUCCCGACAGCGUGAAUCGUGUGUUGACCGACUGUAGGCUGUCGGGUUAGUUUAGAGGAAAGUUGGUGGCUUUCUGCGGUAUUUUUGGCCCUUUUGGACAAAGCUAACCCUCAGCGGAGACGAUGAAUGGUCUAAUUAGGACAACUGCACGGAGCCUGUGGUCGGGGUCGGUGAGUAUUCUGUCCAGACCGGUCGACGGACGCGUGCGGACGGCCUCGGCCCGGCUCCUGUGCGCGGCGGCGGACAUCCAGAAGGACCUUGGUGAGAUGGUGAAGAAGGACAAGGUGGUGGUGUUUAUGAAGGGAACACCGGGACAACCCAUGUGUGGCUUCAGUAACGCCGUUGUUCAGAUACUACGAAUGCACGGGGUGGACGACUACGCUGCUUAUAACGUGUUAGAGGACCAGGACCUGAGACAAGGAGUCAAGGUCUUCUCCAACUGGCCCACGAUUCCUCAGGUCUACUUCAACGGUGAAUUUGUCGGCGGCUGUGACAUCCUGCUCCAGAUGCACCAGAAUGGAGAUUUAGUGGAGGAGCUAAAGAAGCUGGGCAUCCGGUCUGCACUGCUGGACGCUGAGGAGUCUAAGUAGAAGAAGAGGAAACACUUUGAAACAGCCAACACGACAGAGGACACAUUUGACAGGUUGAAUCCCCCUCCAAUCAGAUGACUGCAGAUAAAACCACUCUGUAGGCAGCCAGCGGUAAACCAGGCAGAGAGAGCGCAGAUGUUUUAACUGAACUGCAUCCUGAGACCAGAAUGUUGAUUUUUUUUAUCCACGAUAACAUGUCUGAGUCGAUGCAGAGCAGCUGGAAUGCAUAUUCUUAAUUCAGGACAAACAAGUUUGCACUGGUUCUAUAAAUAUAUAUAUAUGUAUGUGUGUGUAUCUGACAGGUGAGAAAUCUGAUAUGUGGCUCAAGUAAUCUGAGGUAUGCAGCCACUUCCAGGAAAAAGUGUGUGGACAGUGUCUUCACGGGAAUCUGAGCAUGGCUCACCUUGUCAUCACAUGUCCCUAAUUCUGUCUCUUGACCUAAGCACUCUAGUUUUAUGACAAACAUUGUACAACAAUGUUUAAUCCGUUACUUUUUUCAUAAAAUGUUAAAAUCACAGGUUAUUUAUAAAAAAAAAAAAAACAGCAGUGAACUACAAUCGAACCCUUUCUACUGCCA